AUGGGCGCCCCGUGGCUGCAGGAGGACGAGCAGCUCGCGCACGAGCACGUGGAGCAGCCGCAAGACGCGCACUUGGCGGCGCAGGUGCAGGUGCCGCUCGCGCAGCCGCAGUUGGAAUCGCAGGAGCAGGCCAUGAUGGGUUGUCGGUGUUGUUGAAGG